ACAGUCCCUCAAAGGCUCAUUUUAUUGCAACUUCAAUGCUAUUAUAGCAUUGCUAUAUUAUUUUGAGUUUUUUUCUUGGGUGAGUUUCUUGGUGGUUUGGAGCUAAUGGUUAAUAUUCAUGGUGCCAUAUCAACGCUGAUUUCUAAUCAUCAGUUUUAAUUAUAACUUUGGAGUUUCGUAUCCAAUCAUCAUUGAAACUGGAACCAUUUUUGGUUGCUCAAUCUUCAAGAAUAAGUCUAAAGUAAUGAAACAGACAAUGAUCAAACUGGAAAAGAAGGAGAGGAAGAAGCGAGAACCCAACUGUGCUCUUUGCCAGAGCCAUGGUAUUAAGGUGUUGCUUAAAGGGCACAAGCGACACUGCAAAUUUCGAUAUUGUGAGUGUCCAAAAUGCUUAGAAAUAAAAGAGCGACAAGAAUAUAUGGCUGACAUGCAAUAUAUCAAGAGGAAUGGGGUAGCUGAAGAAGCUAGGCUUGGUAAGCGAGCCGAUAUGAUUGCAAUUUACAAUGAGCGUAUGAAGAACAAGAGCAAGAAAAAAGUUACAGAGCCCGAUGGAUCUGGUAAAGAAGCAAGAAGUACUCCAUUAAAUGGAAAGUCAAUUACUCUUGAAUCUGUCGACUCUAUUGUUCAAGAUCUUAUCACCUAUAUUCGUGAUGUACUCAAAAUUACUGACGAGGAUGAUAUACUCUUUCAUUGUUUGGUUGUAUUGAUUCAAGACCUCGAUGGUAUUACCGACAAAUCUCAGCUUCUCAACAUUUUAUCUCUUUACGGUGAGUGAAGGAAGUCCAACUUCCACCGACCUUCUCAUCAUUUGCUUAUUUAUGUUAUUAGCUUUCUUAAUGGAUCUUAGAUCAUGUGUGUGUGACUUUUGAUUAUGGUCCAGGACCACUAAUCAAAAAUAAAAUAUUGUCAUUUUUGUAUUUGUUAUUAUCUCAUAAUUUUGGAAUUGUUUCAAUGUUUGUCUUAAUGUUCCGUCAGUAUUUUUGUCAUUAAAUGUCCUGUACUGAUUUGAAUGAUAUCAAAAUAUCAACAAAAAAAAUUACUUUUACCAAUUAACAUUAAAAUUAAUGUUUUAAAAAAUAAA